AUGGUGGCCCCCAUUGGUUGUUCUUCGGCCUUCCCCGUCAAGAGUUCAUACAAGCGUCUGGGAUCCAUUCUCACUCUCAUCUUGAAGCUCUUUUCUUCCGCCAUCAUUACUUCUAGGCCGUUGGAUGCACAGCGAUUAGCAGAGAGGCUUCGUGCCCAGAAAGGGGAUCAACAGAAAGUGCCGGCAGUCCUCUGUGAUAAGUUGAAAAGAAAAUCUCAGGUGUCUACAAACCCUGUUCAGCGGAGGGUGAGCGAGCUGGUGUGGUUCACACGACAGCUGCAGCAAGUCCAUCCCAACGUGCUUGCUAAGGCCCUGUGCCGAGGAAUUCUCCACCAGGACGAGGACCUGGUGAUUGUCAACAAGUCCUACAGUGUACCUGUGCAUGGUGGCCCUGAUGUUCAGCUCUGUAUCAGUGAUGUACUGCCCAUCUUGGCAAAGAUGCUGCAUGGCCAGAAGGCAGAGCCCCUACAUCUGUGUCACCGGCUGGACAAGGAGACUAUGGGUCUAAUGGUGUUGGCUUGGGAGAAAGAAGUAGCACAUCAAGUCCAGGAGCUGUUCCAAACCCGUCAGGUGGCCAAGAAGUAUUGGGCUAUCACUGUGCGUGUCCCUGUGCAUUCAGCAGGAGUUGUUGACAUUCCCAUCCUGGAGAAGGAGGUGCAAGGGCAGCAGCACCACUGCAAGAUGACCCUGGCCCCACGCUACCUCAUGGACAAUGGGAAAAUCGUGAAAGUGCGUGGCACUCAGAAUGCACUUGUUGCUCUGACUCAGUACCAGGUGCUAAGCAGUACUUUCUCCUCUGCACUAUUGGAACUCCUUCCUGUUACAGGAGUAAAACAUCAGCUUCGAGUUCACCUGUCUUUUGGUUUAGAUUGUCCAGUCCUUGGUGACCACAAGUACUCAGACCGGAAUAGAUUGGACCCCCAGAAAUUGUCUCUUAGCAUCCUAAAGAAGCUGGGGCUAAAACAGUCGAAAGCCCGACAUAUCCCUCUUCACCUGCAUGCCCGGCAAUUGAUCCUGCCUGCCUCGGGGUCCAGAAAGGAGGACCUCAACUUGGUCUGCAAGCUUCCUCACUUCUUUGUGCAGUCCUUACACCGCUUGGGUUUAGAGAUGCCCAGUAAAACAAGAGAUGAUGAAGCAGGACACCUUGGAGCAUGA